CUGUGACCAUAAUUAUUUAAAUUUAAAAAUUUAAAAUAAAAAAUUAAAAAGAGGAAAACCCUAGCUUUCUCCGUCUUUCUCUCUAAUCUUCAGAAAGUCUCGAGACUUUUGAGAAUCCAUCCUCGAAAUAUGUACAAGGAACGUAGUGGCGGAGGUGGUGGUGGUUCAUCGAGAUCGGAGAUCCUCAACGGAGCAGCUGAUCGGAAGAAGCUUGAUAAAUCUUCACCUUCCACCUCUAGAGCUUUCGCUUCCACUGCUAAACCUCAGCUUCUCGAUGUGGAGUCUGAAACGGACAGUGAAGAAGGUUCAGACGUGAGUGGUUCUGAGGGUGAUGAUGACACCUCGUGGAUCUCGUGGUUUUGUAAUUUGAGAGGGAAUGAUUUCUUCUGUGAAGUCGAUGAGGAUUAUAUACAAGACGAUUUCAAUCUUUGUGGGUUAAGUGGUCAAGUUCCUUACUAUGACUAUGCGCUUGAUCUCAUUCUUGAUGUCGAAUCUUCAAACAGUGAGAUGUUUACUGAAGAACAGAAUGAACUUGUGGAAUCAGCUGCUGAGAUGCUUUACGGUCUUAUUCAUGUUCGUUACAUUUUGACUACUAAAGGAAUGGCUGCAAUGACUGAGAAGUACAAGAACUGUGACUUCGGGAGGUGCCCGAGAGUGUUCUGUUGCGGACAGUCUUGUCUACCUGUUGGACAGUCUGAUAUCCCGAGAUCGAGUACUGUGAAGAUAUACUGCCCGAAAUGCGAAGAUAUAUCUUACCCCCGAUCUAAGUUCCAAGAUAUUGAUGGGGCAUACUUUGGAACCACAUUCCCUCACUUGUUUUUGAUGACUUACGGGAACUUAAAGCCGCAGAAACCUACUCAGAAGUAUGUGCCAAGAAUCUUUGGGUUUAAGGUACACAAACCAUGAUACUAGUGCUCUGGUGAAACAUCUCGUGGCUCGGUUCUUACAUCCGGAUAUGAACAAUUGAGACGCAUACAAUCAAAUCAUUGGGUGGGAGGAUGCGAGCAAAAAGUGAAAGAAACUCGUGAACUCCCAAGAAAACUGAUGGCAACAGCCUGGCUCGCUGGGGCGGAAGAAGACAGAUACUUCUGGUCUCUGUAAUAUAUUUCCCCAUCUUGUUGGAUUUUUGUUCACUGUUGUGUUCGUCUACUAAUUCAUGGGUCCUUUAUGUUCUUCCUGAGCUUAUUUUUUUCUAUGUUUAAAACUCAUAAAUUGUUCAAUUCAAGGAGUUCAAAUAAUAUUUAGUGCAUCAA